GACACCCAACACACUCACGCUUAUAUCAUCGUCAUCAUCUUCAUCUUCGGUUGUGAUUGUUGUAAAUACAAUGAAUAAUAGAGAUGAACAAGGGUGUGUUUGGAAGAGAAUAACAAGAGAGAUGGAUGAUCAACAACAACUCUUGAACUUAGGAGGCAGUUCCACAUCAGGCAACAACAAUGGAAACAAAAGCAAGAAAUCUGAAAUCAAAAACAAAGACAAAGACAAGAGAUGGGCUUUGGUGAGGUUUGAGGAAUUGCCAGAGUACAUGAAGGACAAUGAGUUCAUACUGAAUUACUAUAGAGCCAAUUGGCCUCUCAAACAAGCAUUCUUUAGCUUGUUUCGUUGGCAUAAUGAGACUCUCAAUGUUUGGACGCAUUUGAUGGGGUUUGCACUAUUCUUGGGGUUGGUAGUUGCUAAUUUGAUGCAUGUUCCUCAACUUGCAGAUUUCUUUGGUAUAUUUACCAGGACUUUUCCCAUGAGUGUAGAGGCAAAUUUCUCUCAAAAUUCAAAGGAUUUCUUUUCUGGCUCAACAAAACUCAUUAACUUGAAGCAGCCUACACCACCGGGAAUGGAGGCUACAUCACCAGAGUUGGCCGCGGCACGGUGGCCAUUCUUCGUCUUCUUAGGUGGUGCUAUGUUCUGUCUCCUCUGUAGCAGCACUUGCCACCUCUUUGCUUGCCAUUCACACAACUUAAACCUUCAAUUGGUGAGAAUGGACUAUGUUGGUAUCACAAUCAUGAUCAUCACCUCCUUCUUCCCACCAAUCUACUACAUUUUCCAAUGUGAGCCACUCUGGCAAAUUAUAUACCUAACUAGUAUCUCAAUUAUCGGUAUUUUCACCACUGUGACAUCGCUUAUGCCAGCUUUCUCCUCUGGUAAAUUCAGAUCUUUUCGUGCCUUGCUCUUCGUGGCCAUGGGCUUAUUCGGCCUUGUACCCGCUAUCCACGCUCUUAUUGUUAACUGGAGCGAGCCUAGGCGCAACAUAACCCUAGCUUAUGAAUCGGUCAUGGCGAUAUCUUACUUGAUAGGGACUAUGUUUUAUGUUAGUCGAGUUCCGGAGAGGUGGAAGCCUGGAUUUUUUGACCUUGCUGGUCAUAGUCACCAAAUAUUUCAUGUUUUUGUGUUAUUGGGUGCAUUGGCUCACUAUGGUGCUGCACUUGUAUUCUUGGAAUAUCGUGAAAAAAUAGGUUGUGAUCGAAUUAAGUAAUGUGUUAUUUUGUGUUAGUAUAAUAGUGGUUUUACUAGCACAAAAUCAAUAUCUAAAAUUUAAUAGGGAUUAAUGUUCGACCCUUAUAGAUUGAAAUGUUUAUUCAUUUGUUGUAUCAACCUAUUAUUAUAGUUGAAGAGAUAAAUGAAUGGGUGAUUGUUAUUUAUUGAGAAUCA